GUGCAUCUGCGAUCGGCAGAACGUCUUCGAGACUUGUGCUGUGCCAACCGGGGGACUUUCAUCAAGGUGGGCCAACACCUCGGGGCCCUGGACUACCUGCUGCCUGAGGAGUACACGUCCACCCUGAAGGUGCUCCACAGCCGGGCUCCUCAGAGCAGCAUGCAGGAGAUCCAGCAGGUCAUCAGAGAAGAGCUCGGCAAGGAGGAAGAAGAAAAAGGGCAAACAACACUAUCUGUCCUAAUUUCAUUUAAUAAGUAGCCGUCCUCUUGAUGCCGCCGUUAAUGUUGCUUUUAGUGCAUGG